AUUUUCAUUCAUUUAUUGCAAAGCUUCACCGUCCCUGAUCUAACUGUGACGGCCGAUUUCUUGAAACAAGCAGCCAAUAAUAUGGCUCUGACGUCCAACUUGGCGAGAAACUUUUGCUAUAAAUACCAGACAAAUAAGCCUCUUUGAUCAACCAAAACCAAGAAUAGCGCCUUAUCUUCAACAAGCCACUAAAAUAUAUAAUCACUCUCUGUUACCUUCACUGAAAUAAUAAUGGCUAUCCCUGUGAUCGAUUUCUCAAAGCUCGAUGGGGAAGAAAGGGCAAAAACUAUGGCUCAGAUCGCCAAUGGGUUUGAACAUUGGGGGUUUUUCCAGUUGAUCAACCAUGGGAUUCCUGAGGAGCUCCUGGAGAGGGUGAAGAAGGCAUGCUCUGAGUGCUAUGAACUGGAAAGAGAGGAAAAUUUCAAGAACUCAACCCCGGUGAAGGUGCUCAACGAAUUGGUUGAAAAGAAGAGCGGUGAGAAGUCACAGGGUGUGGAUUGGGAAGAUGUCUUCACUCUCCUGGAUGAUAAUGAAUGGCCUAAAAGAACAACUGGAUUCAGGGAAACCAUGGCAGAGUAUCGAAGUGAGCUAAAGAAAUUGGCUGAGCAAGUGAUGGAAGUGAUGGAGGAGAACUUGGGAUUACCCAAAGGAUACAUGAAGAAGGCAUUAAAUGGAGGAGAUGGAAACAAUGCCUUCUUCGGAACAAAGGUAAGCCACUACCCACCAUGCCCCAAUCCAGAGCUCAUUUACGGCCUGCGAGCUCACACCGACGCCGGAGGCGUCAUCCUACUGUUCCAAGAUGAUGAGGUGGGUGGCCUUCAAAUGCUCAAAGAAGGCCAAUGGAUUGACGUGCAGCCAUUGCAAAACGCCAUAGUCAUCAACGUUGGCGAUCAGAUCGAGGUGUUGAGCAAUGGUCGGUAUAAGAGCUGCUGGCAUAGGGUUCUGGCCACACCGGAUAGAAACAGAAGAUCGAUCGCUUCCUUCUACAAUCCGUCGCUGCGAGCUAACAUAUGCCCUGCACCGCAAUUGCUGGAGAAAGAGAGCGAACAAGUGGAUUGCGCUUACCCAAAAUUCGUAUUUGGGGAUUACAUGUCUGUCUAUGCUCAGCAAAAGUUCCUCGCAAAAGAACCAAGGUUUGAAGCCGUUCGAGCGGUGUGAGGAACGUAAAAGUAAAAGUAAAAAAAAAAAAAAAUGCAUCACUCGUGCCGUGUAAUACUUUCGCUUUUCCUUACUUUUUCAUUUCUCUUCAUUUGGGUGAAAAGAGCUAGUAAGAGGCAGAAUAAACAAUGAUAGUGUGCAUUUAUAUCAAUGUUUAUCUGUACCCAAAAACAAAAAAACAAAAAACAUUAAUGUUUAUCUUUUCUUUUAUAA